GUUGAGCGGGCUCAGGGCCCAGCCCUGCGCAAGCACAGGCCCCCAGGACCCCUGGGGCAAGGGCCCUGCCGCCGCCGCCGGCGGCCCUGCAGGGACCAUGGGAUCCAAAGCUGAAGGAGAUCCACCUGCCAUGUUCGAUUGGUUCUUUGAAGCAGCCUGCCCUGCCUCCCUGCAGGAGGAUCCCCCCAUCCUGCGGCAGUUCCCCCCAGACUUCAGGGACCAGGAGGCUAUGCAGAUGGUGCCUAAAUUCUGCUUCCCUUUUGAUGUGGAAAGGGAGCCCCCCAGCCCAGCUGUACAACAUUUCACCUUCGCCCUCACCGACCUGAGCGGCACCCGCCAAUUUGGUUUCUGCCACCUCCGGGCUGGUGCCCACAGUUGCCUCUGCAUCCUCAGCCACCUGCCUUGGUUUGAGGUGUUCUACAAGCUGCUGAACACUGUGGGCGAUCUCCUGGCCCAGGACCAAGUCUCUGAGGUCGAGGGAUUUCUUCUAAACCUGCUGCAGCAGCCCCUGCCUGGGACUCAGGCCUCCAUCGAGCUGGGCAACGGAGUGACAGUCUCCAGGGCACAAAGCAUCCCUCCCCCUGCUCCCGGGAACAGCAGGCCGCUUUCCUGCUUCGUAGCCCCCGACUCCGGCCGCCUGCCAUCCAUUCCUGAGAACAGGAACCUAACGGAGCUGGUGGUGGCGGUGACCGACGAGAACAUCGUGGGGCUGUUCGCCGCGCUCCUGGCGGAAAGAAGGGUCCUACUGAUCGCCAGCAAGCUGAGCACCCUGACAUCGUGCGUCCACGCGUCCUGCGCCCUCCUGUACCCCAUGCACUGGGAGCACGUACUGAUCCCCACGCUGCCGCCGCAUCUGCUAGACUACUGCUGUGCGCCCAUGCCCUACCUCAUCGGAGUGCACUCCAGUCUCGCCGAGAGAGUGCGGGAGAAAGCCCUGGAGGAGGUCGUGGUGAUGAACGUGGACUCCAAUACCUUGGAGACGCCCUUCGACGACGUGCAAGCGUUGCCCCCAGACGUGGUGUCCCUGCUGAGGCUUCAGCUAAGGAAGGUUGCGCUGGCGCCGGGGGAAGGGGUGUCCCGUCUCUUCCUCAAAGCCCAGGCCCUGCUCUUCGGGGGUUACCGCGAUGCGCUCAUCUGCAGCCCGGGCCAGCCUGUGACCUUCAGCGAAGAAGCCUUCUUGGCCCAGAAGCCUGGGGCGCCCCUGCAGGCCUUCCAUCGGCGGGCUGUGCACCUGCAGCUGUUCAAACAGUUCAUCGAAGGCCGCCUGGAGAAGCUGAACACAGGAGAGGGCUUCUCAGAUCUCUUUGAGCAGGAGAUCACCUGCAGCGACGCCUCCUCAGGCACUCUUCGCUCCUACCAGCUCUGGGCAGACAACCUAAAGAAAGGUGGUGGUGCCCUCCUGCAUUCGGUCAAGGCCAAGACCCAACCAGCUGUCAAAAACAUGUACCGCUCGGCCAAGAGCAGCUUGAAGGGUGUGCAGAGCCUUCUGACGUACAAGGAUGGGAACUCUGGCCUGCAAAGGGGGGGUUCCCUGAGAGCCCUGUCCCUAACCAGCCGCUCAGAUCGUCUGCAGCAGCGCCUGCCUAUCACCCAGCACUUUGGAAAGAACCGGCCCCUUCGCCCCAGCAGGAGGCGGCGGCUGGAGGAGAGACCUUCUGUGUCCCUAGAGGAGGGGGCACCUGCUCUGAGCCCUGAGGAUGCCCAGGACCCAUGCGCAGAGGAAGCUCUUGACAACAGUUUCCUGGGGUCCGGAGAAGAACUGGAUUUGCUGAGUGAGAUUCUGGACAGUCUGAGCAUGGGAGCCAGCAGGACGGGCAGCCUGCGGCCCAGCCAGAGCUUGGACUGCUGCCACAGAGGGGACCCGGACAGCUGCUUCAGCUUGCCUGACAUACCAGGAAGAUCAAGAUGGCAACCAGACGAGGAAAAACCACCAGAGCCUCAGCCCCUGUCCCUACCUGCCGACCUGCCAUCUCUGCAAACCCUCCAGCCUUUGGAUGCCAUGACCUCCUCAAAGGACCCUACUUCCCGGCCAGCCUUGGAGGCCAGCCAAGAUAUCAUCCUUCCACCCCCGUCCUCACCAGCUUCUGUGGACCCAAGCAGCCAAGGGGACCCUGAGUCCCGUCUUCUAAUCCUACAUCUCUCCCCUUCCCCCAAGGCAGCUGAAGAUCCCAGAGCCCAGGAAAGCCCCUGCGCCCAGCUCUCCACAGCACCCACCCACUCCAGCCCUCCAGAAAGCCCCCAACUUCUGGUCCCCACAAAGCCCAACUUGGAUAUUACCUGGACAUCCCAACCCCUUGAUUCUUCCUCAGAUCCUGGUUCCCCAGAGAACCCCAGAUCCCAGCCCUCUGAGGUCCUGCUGGCAGAGGACGCUCACUUCCAGCUCCCGGAGGGGCCGGGAGCCCUCAGAUCCCCUGCUGCACCUGCCAACGACUGGCUGGAGCCCCAGGCUAGGAGCCGGCCCAGAGUCGCUGAGCUUAAAAAGUGUUUUGAAGGUUAAGAAUCUGGGUCCUGGAGGAGACCACAAACCUUCAAUAAAGCACAAGAACCCAAAGCUGGUUUUCCUGGUGAGUUCAUCUGGGGGCCCUCUCUCUGCUCAGAAACGUACCCCAUCCACUACCUUCCUCCUGGGGCAGCCUCCAGCUGGCUCUCAGGUGCAGCUGGAAGCCCCUCCCUUCCAGGAAGCCCUCCCAGCCCUAGGAUCCUUGCAACCUUACAGUUCAUCUCUCAACAGCCUAUGAGUCCUGAGUUUGUUCCCUCCAUCUAGACUAAUUCCUGCCCCGUCAGCUCAAGAAGAAAAAGGUUUUGUUACAUCUCACUACUGACUGUAUGUAUAGAUAUAAAAUGUGAGCAGCACUCUCCCUCACCCUCAGGGACAGAGUCUUUAAAGCACCUUCUUCCCUUCUAUUCUUAAGCACUGGCUAGGUUU